CAGGUACCUAACGGGGUCGUUGCAUGCAAGUGCUGGAUUGUUCCCUUUGCCACCUUCACCCCAUCCCGCUCAGAACUAGCACUCAGUGACCUCGCACAUCUCUCAACACCCCAAGACAAAGCUGUCCACGCUACUACUUUCGAAUCCACCAGCUCCUUACUCGCUCAGCAUGCCUCGCUCUUCUCGUUCUGGCGGAGGUCGCUCGGCUCCUGCCGGUAGCCGCGGUGCGCACACCAUGGCUGCUCCUCAGCACGCACCAGCUCAACAGAUGCACGCUCCCGCCGCUCAGCAGCAAAGAGCACCAGGUCUGUUUGGCCAGAUGGCUUCGACCGCAGCAGGUGUAGCGGUCGGCUCGACUGUGGGCCACGGCAUCUCCAACAUGCUCUUUGGAGGUGGAGGUCAAGCGGCUGCCCCGGCCCCCGAUCAAUAUGCCCAACAAGCACAGCAGCAGCAGCAACCUUGGGCUCAGAGUCAAGACCCCAGGACUGCUGGAAAUUGCGAGCUGCAGAGCAAGGACUUUCUUCGAUGCCUCGAAUCCACCGGCAACGACAUGCAGUCUUGCUCUUACUAUUUGGAUCAACUGAAGGCUUGCCAGGCUGCCGCUCGACCUUACUAGGCCAGCAAAGCUGCAGUGUUUCAUCUACAGACGAAGGG